AUGGCUCAAUCACUAUACCACUUACCCCCCGAACAAGUGUUAGUUGAAUGUCGUGCGAUCGUGUUUUCCUACGAUAUCAACCGAUGGGUCGAGGUUGGAGAAUCAACUGUUUAUUCCAAAGUUCAACUGAUAUGUAGCCGUCCACCCGGAAGUACUGUACAGUACAGAGUUGUAGCGAGGCUAGAAUCUACGGGAAUGGUAAGAAAUUUAACUUAAAGAUUUAUCUUCCUGUUGCAAAUGUUCAGAAACUGCGGUAAGUUAAGGGUAUUCAAUCCACCUUGAACAGGUCGGGUGUCAUCGCAGUCUCAUUCUCUUUGUAGUGCAAAGUAUAAAAAUUGUGUUUAACUAAAGUAUUAUCCAUUCGCCGUUAGACAGUUCUUUAAAGAACGUCGACAUUCCCCGUGCCCUAUAAUGUGAUGAUGAUUGUCGUUUUGCUGUAAAGCUUUUGCUUUAAGUGAUAAAAAAAAAACAUUCAUCAUGGAUACUGAUUUAUACUUUCCAUGGUUUCAUAUCUGUUCUCUUUUAUAUCAAGAUAUUUGGAUUAUUCACCAAGCGCGAGGGAUGGGUAGAUAUUAGCCAAGUUGUUCUUUGCGUACUUAUUGACCCAGACAAAGCUGAGGUCAUUAAAAACAAAGUCAAUAUAAAUUCCAAAAACGAGUUUGACCAGUAUCCAGCAAUCUUGCCCAAACAAGCUUGGUCAAUGAAGUAUUUACUUCAUGGCCAAGAGAACGGUGUGCGAGAAAUGCAGACUGCAGACUUGCAGACUGGCAGGUAAACGAGGCAAACAUUGUUGUGAGAUGCUUUAACAGAUUCCCUAUCCUUACACUUUAGUCUUCCAAAAGUCUAGUUCAGGGAUAGGGAAUCUGUUAAAGCAUUUCACAACAAUGUUUGCCUCGUUUACCUGCCAGUCUGCAAGUCUGCAGUCUGCAUUUGUUGCACACCGACAAGAGAACUAUUUCUCGAAGGACCAGUUGGCCUUAGUUAUUCAGAGGGUGGAUAACGCUAUCCACCUGAUACACAAUAUUGUAAAUCAUUAUCCAGCAGGACUAGCAUAAUAACAUCAGUUUCCCCAACACUUAUCCACUUGAUAUAGAUUUAUCCGGUGGAUGGCACUAUCUAGAUGGGAAAUCCUGAGCAGACAAGAUGGGCUUAUCUUGCUCACUCAGAGAUUGCCAAUUUGAACAUAAUAAGGAAAGUUUACAUAUUUUCAGAUCAAAAAAAGCUUGCUUACUCCUUAAUAAUGGAGACCACAGUUCCACAUUCCCACCUUUUUUCAGCUUUUGACACAAUUUAUUUUAAUAAUAAUAAUAUUCAUAAAAAUCUAUUAAUGGCAGUGGAAGGAAGCCUUAAAAUCAGGGAAGUUGCCAAGUUUGAGAGUGAAAGGUUGAAAACAUACAAAGAUAUGGCUCCCCAAAGUCCCUUAAAGUGUCUACAGGCCUUGUGAGUUAGAACUGUUAUGUUGGGGUUCAUCAAGAACUGGUAAUACACAUACCAAAAGAGCAUAUUGAUGAGUGAUGUAUUUCAUAAUGAAAGAGAAAUAGACUUAUUUGCCAAGAUAAUGUGGUUAUUGUUCAUGAUGACAUGGCUAAUGACAAAAGUAAGCAGCGGCUUGCAGGUGACAUUUUAAGUCAAUUUAUAAAAUGAAGUUUCACUAUAAAUUAAAAGCCAAUGUGGCAGAUAAAGGGAUUAUGGGUGCUACUUCUAUAUAUAACUUAAAGGAGACUGCACUAAGUUUCUUGUAUUAUUUUCCUCUGUGUAGGUGACGAUUAACAUUCUUUUAUCUGAGCGGGUAACUUACCAUGUAUCUGAACCUUCAUGGCAUCAAAUACGUAUUGACCUGCAAGGACUGUAUUAUGGUCUGCGCAUCAGUCCCGAUACUGAUGGGAACAAUUUUGCUGUCAUAAUACAGCAUACGCUUCGCUCUUUGCAAGGUAAUUAGAAUACUCCUGUGUGAAAAGUGAUGCUCUUUGUUAAGCUCUAAAGAUGUAAUAGGUCGGGGAGUAGGAAUUGUCAUGCUAUUUUAGGGAUUGUCAUGCUAUUUGCCAUCUUUUCAAAAGGCUAAAACGUUUCCCCAUUCCAAUUGCACUCUAAUAAUGAUGGUCCAGUUUUGUCAUGUAAGACUAUAUUAGGCAUUGAAACUGUUUCCUUUUGUCUGUUGCAACAGAUGGCAAGGAUGGAUGUUCAAGUUUUAAGGCUAUGCCUGCAAUUGUGACAGUGUUUAUUUUUUCCCUGAUGAAAUUGGGAAGUGGGGGCUUAGAGGCAGAUCCUACAAAAACACAGCAAAAUCACUGUGAACUAAAAAACUGUAGCCCUCUGUGAUCAGACAGGGCAUCACAUAAUCAGCUUUCACUAAAACAAAAGAACUUUGAACAUCCUCGUCCAUGUACUUCAUUGUGUUGUUCCAGAAAAUAUCCAGACCCCCACCACGGAGGGAAUUUCACUUAGGACCCCCCCACCUCCCUGGAUUUUCCAUUUUUGCAGGGAACUGAUGACCCCCCAUCCCUUCGGAAUUUCCACAAGUGUGACAAAGACCCCCAACCCCUCUGGAAAAGUUCAUUUUCAAAAGAAAGACUAUUAAACUAGAAGAAUGAGGCAACGUAUGGUUAGUACAGAUCAGAAGCUUGCAUGCUUCUGUUUCCAUUUAUUUGAGUGAUCUCGCAAAAAACACACUACACCAGCACAAAGUAACCUGAUCUGUAAUUUUGCUCAUCUCUUAAAAUGAAACAGAGAAAGUUAAUAAGUCGGUUAUAUUUGUGAAUUUACCUUAAUCAGGGCAAGCUUAGAUUUGUUAUUCGUCUCAUGGGUGUAAUGUUGAUAGAAUUAACGCCAUUUUGCAAUGCAGAACAAGUCAAACUUACGACCACAAAAUUAAUGCAAAGCAAAGAGGAGAAUAAAAACUCUGAAUUCUGAAAUGAUAACAAUGAAUACCCCUUCUUGAAGAUACUUGAAGGGAAACCAAGUCCAAUUUACUGUUUUCGAUCGACUCAUGCGACAUGAUGUGCGAUGGUCAGUAUAAAUGUUUGGUGAAAUCAACACCAUUUCAGCGAGAAUUUCAAGAACAUGCCACACGUUCAACCACAAAAUUAAGGGAAAAUGAAAAGGAGAAUAAAAACUCUUCAUUCUAAAAUGGUUACAAUGUAUAGCUUGUGCUUCGUGGAGGCAAUAGCCACUCUUCUGAUCUAUCGGACCACGUGUUGUGUUGCGUGAUGUGUUGCAUGCGUUGAUGUUUUGGGAAGACUGGUAAAUGGCGGCCAAAUAUACAAGGGCAGUCGGUCUAAUUCCUUUGAAAUUACAUCCAAAACAGAACAAGAAAAAGGAACCUGGUUAAGAUCAAAAAGAACAAUCUUAAGUGAUAUAUGUCAAGUUAUUUAUGUCCUAAAAUGAUCUAUCAGGUGGUAAUUGUUCGAUCUCAGGUCGAAAACAAAAUGAUAUUGCCCCCUGGAAAGUGAUUUUAUGGUCCAACCCCCCUCCCUUCUGGAAUUUCCUGGGCCUCUGACCCCCCCCCCCCACCCCCCUGGAAUUUCCAAUUCCCUCCGUGGUGGGGGUCUGGAUAUUUUCUGGAACUACACAUUUAGAACAUUCAACAAACUGCACUAAUCCACACAUGGACCACUACAGCAAAACUAAAAACAAGGGCAGGAGAAUAAAACAGAACAGAAAAUUAUGCAUAUUGCAAGAGCAAACACUGAAUUGGAAACUGCGAUGUGAAACUGAGAAGGUCCCUAAUACCCCAUCCCCUGUGCACUGAAAUGCUUAACUUAAUUUAGGCACCAGGUACUGCAGUUGGUUAAAUUGCGGCAGAAAUAGCUCUUAUACAUAGUUACUUCAGACCUUCAAAUUUCACAUUAAUGGUGAACUUAUGAGGUUUCAACAUAAUAAACUUCAAAUGUAGAUAAUGAGUUGUCAGAGAUACUACAUACUGCUUGUGCAAAUGCAAAGAGUUUUGUCCUUAAAUGAGGCAUGGUGGUGAAAAAAGCAAGGCUGUGAUUAACAUUCAUGUUGGCUACUUGUUGUCUCAUUGUCUCUUUGCUUAUCCAUGUUUAACCUGUAGGUACUCAGGACCAACCAACCUGGCCAAAACCCCCUGAUACCUUUACAACAGGUGCCUUACCUACUGCACCAGCAACUGCUGGAGUAUUUAGAACUCCAGACCCUUCCCCUCAGGUGGAUAGAGGACGUGCACAGACAAGACGUGAUUUAGAAUCACAGAUUGGUAAGGACAUUGAAUAGUUAUACUGUUGAUGAUGAAAGUUUGUUUAUCUGCGAAAAUCUAGGGACUUAGGUUGUUCCUUAAGAUGUCCUUAACUACAUGUUCUUCAUCUUAGCUGCGUGUUUAAUCUGUUGAAGUAAGUCUUCCCUUGUGAAAUGAGGCUCAGCUGUUUUAAGAGAUGAGUAUGACCAUGUGCAGGGCUCGAAAUUAAAAAAAUACUCAGGUCGCCUUUUGGCGACCAACUGGAGAAAUAUAGUCGCCAGAUGCAAAUUUUUAGUUGCCAGCUCAUAGUCAGGGCUUCCGAUAUUUUGUGCUGUUGCAGAGCCGCAAAUUCACAAAAACACGCAAAAUACCGCAAAAUUUGGUAGAAAUCGUAUCAACUACAUGUUUGUACAACAUAUUUCUCAGCUAUUGGGGUUAUUUAGUUGCCAUAAACUUGUAAAUUUAUCUUGAAACUUUGUCACUGAAACGUGCAAACAAUGUCCCAAAACUACCAGGCGUAGAUUAUGUUGCGAAAAACUGGGUACUAGCCAUGAUGUUAAAGGCUUUGCCAUUGGUUUUUAGUUCUGGAGCAUAUUGUUGUUGAAAGAGCAACUGAUGACCUCUGUUAGAAAAACAUUAAAAAAACGCUGGUCUGGUCAGCGCUAAACCGAUUGGCCUCUAAAAAAUAACCACAAAAUCUGCCUUUUUUGAUGGAUUGAUUUUCGGCUAAGUUUGCCUUGAAAAUUCCCGCGAAAUCGGUCGAUUUUUCCACGAAUUUGUCCCCAAAAAUCCCGCGAAAUUUGACUUUUUUUCGGCGACCUAUCAGAAGCCCUUCAUAGUAUGGUGUGCUCCAUCAGAUUUGAAAAUAUCGUCGAUAGAAGUCGCUAUAAAUUUGGAGGUAAACUGGCUUUGUGUAUGCGAUUUGGCACAUUUUUUAUGAUGAAAGCAAAGCAGAAUAAGAUGAAAUGUUUGCUUUAACUUUACUCUUUUAACUUAAAUCUAAAUCAUAGAGAAAUCAGGUCGCCACUUUGGUGACUAAACUAGAAGUUUGAGUCACCAAGGAGAAAAUGUUAGUCACAUUGGCGACCUUAUCAGUCGCAAUUUCGAGCCCUGAUGUGUUAUGAAUCAGUUUGAGAAGUAGAUGUUAGAGUUUUCAUGUACACAGUUAGCUUGUCUGGAGAACCUGGUGAGUGCACAGCCUAAAGUUUGGGUAAAUCAGACAACCAAGAUGUGCAACUUGUUUAGCAACAUUGCUGCAAAACAAGUUGAAAAGCUAUGUUAUGCAUUUUGCCACCCUUGUUCAAACCUGUUAACAACUUGACUUGUUGGAAGACAGGUUUGAUCAAUCAAUCAAUCAAUCUUUAUUCUCUUAAGAUAAAAAGACAUAUCUUAAGUUACAUCAGCAGUUGAGAAUCUAAAAAUACGUAAGACAUACUGUAUACAAAUAAUAGAAAGAUCAAAGAUUAUAUCUAAAAAUUAUCUUAUUUACAAAAACAUUCUUAAAUCUAUCAGUCUUUAUAUCUGGCCGAUGAGCGCUUUUUUUUCUGAGUAGGUAGUUUGUUUCUUUCUUCUUUGGAAUGAUGUUUCUGAGCAGGCGAUCCGCGAGGUAAACGUGCAACAUUGCUAUUCAACUCGUUUUGUAGCAGUGUUGCACUACGAGUUGCAUGUUUUUUGUUGCCCGGUUUGCCAUACCAUAAAGGGAUCUGGAACAUGAAUCAAGCUCUACAAUUUGAGGGCUUCACACAAAAAUGUUCCCUGGAAAAAGGAAAUGAGGACUAGUCCUGGGACAUUUUUGCUUGCACUUUGCCUUUCCUUUGUUAUUUCUGUUGACCUAAACUCACCUAAAACAACAAAACUAUAUAACCUCUGCUCUGCAAGCCACUAUUAAAACUCUUUUACUCCUGGCAGUAACAAUAUCAAAUUUCCCCUUAAAACAACUGCUUAAUUAAUAGAAUUAAUUGACAGAAUAAAGCAAAUGAUCACAAUACUUUAGGUAUCAGUACCUUUGGGGUGUCUGUUCUAAGUUCUAAGUAUCACCAAGUUAGAAAGGGCCUUGAUUGUUAAACAAAUUAUUAUUCUCUUCCUUAGCAAAAAUAGGAAAUGUAAUGGAAGAGUUUAGUACAUGCUCGUAAGUUAUGUGUAUUAGGGACUGUGAAGUGUGUUUGAAUCUCUGUCACCUUCACCUUUUUCAGAUGGUCUCUGCGCUACCCUUAGUGAUGCUAUUAAGAGUGGAAGGCAAGACCAGUCCGCGGAGAUUGUCAAAAAAAUGGCUACUCAGAAUCUUCAUCUUAGUAUUAAACUCAAAAAUCCCACACUGGUCACAAUGGACUCAGGAGGCAACACAAUCAGGUAAGACUUCUUCUAACCUCUUCAAAAGUUUUUUUUUUCUUUUAUGGGCUAGAAAGAAGUUAGGUUUAGAUUUAAUAUCCCUCCUCUUUUUGCUUAUGAAGGAAAGAAUAAACUGUUCACCUUGGUUUGUCGUCAGCUUAGGAACAUAUAUUAAAUUUUCCAUUUUUUACAAAAACCUGAUAGAAACAAGCCUUGCCUAAUUAACCAACUACAUUAGUAACUACCCUGUUCGUUUCUGGAUGACUUGAUCAUCAACUGAAGAAUUAUUUUGUAGUUCGAAAAAUAAACUUCAUUGUGUGUCCAUGCACAUUUUGUUUCUUGAUUUCACAAAUUCAAAAUAAGUCAGUCUUGCCACGUCAUUCUGAGACCCAUUUGACCACUUAAAACAGUUUUUUUAAUUCUAAAGUUUUUAAUUAAUGACUCUCUAAUUCGCCAUUGUUUGUUAUCCAUGUUAAUCUGGCUCCAUCAAAAUCCAUUCACUGAUUAUCGUUUGGAGUUCGAUCUUUUUCACGGUGGAACCCCUGCCAUAUGAACAACUCAUUAUAGGAGACGUCACUGUUUCCUCAAGGCCAAAUAGAAGUUUGUCGAUUUUAAUUGACACUUUGCGCCGAACCUCUCAUCUUAAGGUUUAUUUUCUGUGAAUAAUUGCGACUUUUUGUUACCUUAAUACGGAUUAUUUGCAUUGCUCGAAAGGUGCGAUUUGUUUAAAAGUGUAAUACCCUUUCUUAUGAAAGUUGGUUAAUAUUGUCACUUGAGGCUUACUUCCUUAAAUUUCAUUGUAAAAUUAAAGUGAAAGAAUUCUUUUUAGAGACUUAUCCCUUCGAUAAGUAUUAAGAUAUAUAUUUCUUGUUGGCGAGUUCGUUGGUGGCGAGAUUACCGGAUACAAUCUCGUCCUUAAAGCAUUUCUCUUAGAAAAUCAGAGGGGCACUUCCCCAGAUUUCCAAGCGAAAUCUCGGAGG